AUGGGAGAUGAUGCGGCCAGCAGCGCAGAAGGCGAGGGCAAGCAUGGUGCCCAGCCCAGCCCCUUAGCAGGCGAAGAUGAUUCGCCGCCCAAACCCACGAAGCUUCGCCAAGCAUUCAUCGUCGCAGCAGGCUUCAUGACAAUGUUCAUGACCUGCGCUAUCAUAUUUACCUAUGGAGUUUACCAAGCAAUUUACGAAGAAAUGGCGAAAGAACCCAACACCCCUUUCACGGGGACCUCUUCAUCCGUCAUCAGUCUGAUCGGUACGCUUUCUAUAGCAAUAAUGUCCAUGGGCGGCCCUUGUAUUAUGACUUGGGCAAAGCUAUAUGGUCCGCAGCGAGUUAUCAUGUCCGGUGGCGUGGUUUUUGGCCUUGGAUGCAUCCUCGCCAGUUUGAGUCAGUACGUAUGGGAAUUCGCACUGACACAAGGCCUGCUGGUGGGACUUGGUACAUGCAUGGCGUAUGUACCGACGAUGUCUGUCGCCCCGACAUGGUUCGAUAAACGUCGUGGUCUCGCUAUGGGAAUUGUGAUUUCAGGCUCCGCAUGUGGCGGUAUGAUUUGGCCGCCUGUGCUGCGGGCAAUUACGUCCCAUCUCGGAUUUCGCAACGCAUUACGGAUCUCUGGAUGUUUAGUGAUCCUCUUUGUGCCUCUUUCUGGGUAUACCUUGAUCUGGGAGCCGAACUUCAAGGCCAAGGUUCGAGGUCAGAUGGUUGGAUUGUCCAAGACUACAGGUUGGAUGAAGGUGCCUUUAGUCAACUGGGAAGUGGCCAAGACGAAGAAAUUUGUUGCGCAGGCCUUGGGCGCCACUAUGGCUGACAACUUUAUCACAAUCAGCAACGCAGCCAACUUUGUUUCCCGAAUCGUGAUCGGAUACGCAGCGGACAAGCUCGGUCGACUGAAUGUGUUAUUCCUGACAACCAUCAUAAGUUCAGUCUCCGUUUUUGCAUUUUGGUUACCGGCAACAUUCGCUGGCGACACCGUAUCUUACAAUGCUGCUGACGUCUUAUUCAUCUUGUUUGCAAUCUUAUAUGGCUGCUUCGGCAGCGCUUACAUCUCACUGUUUCCCACCAGUCUGAUUGAAUUGUUCGGUGUUCAGCAAUUUACCUCAGUCAAUGGGGCCCUGUACCUCAUACGAGGUAUAGGCGCGCUUCUGGGAACACCGCUAACGGGAUUGUUAUUACCUGGACAGUCCGCACUGUCAGCACCUUCGAAUUACAGAAGAGCCACAAUCACAACCGGCAUUUUACUUUUCGCUGCGAGCAUGGCAACCCUCUGGGUGAGAAUUGAAGGCUCCGCGGGGAAGACUUGGACUUGGAAAUUGUGA